GUCAGUUAUUGCAAUUAUCAUCGAGGCCGCCCAGGCAGCCGUGGCAACUCACCUGCGGGGGUUAACACAAGACAACACUACAGCCCAAUGCGGCAAUAGCGCACGGGCCCUUCCGCGUCUCUCUAGCCGCGAACAUGAACUUUUUCGUCGCAACCGACUUCAACGUACCAUCACCUGCGUCUUCGACCGUCAACACCAUCUCCAUCCUCAAUGUCUAUAUGUAAAACCACGGCAGGCUCACUGGCCCGCGCACGUAUCGCUGUGAACUUCUCGACAUCCAAGACACUGGCACCCUUUCUCUACCAGACCCCUACGAUUCAGCAAUGGCAGCCCGUCACCCAUGGCACGGCGCGGCGCAACGCGUCAUCGUACAGGCGAGGGGACGACCACAUUCCCUUCGAGCACGAUGCAGAGCUCCCGCCGCCCAUCGACGAAGUGCAACCGCCUCGGAAAACGACAAUGACGAGCCCUGAGCGCGAAGCCUUCGAGAAGCUGUACAAGAACCUCAAGAAGAAAUCCGAAGAUCCUCUCUCCGACGACUUCCUCGACGAAGAUGACGCCCUCGCCUCGGCGACAUCUAUCGACUCCGUCUUCGACGCCGUGCUCUCCGGUCGUACAUCCGUUAGCAAACGUCGGUCCCUCAAGAAGCCGGUCGAGAACCUGCAGACUCUCGCCCAAAGCAUCCUGCAACAAGGAGCCCAGAAGGAAGGAGCCCAGAAGGAACGGGAGAAGCCCAAGGAUGAAGCUGCCUCCCACGUGGAUGAGCUGCACCGCCUGCGUGAAACCGAAAGAGGGCGUAUCGAAGCCUUGAUGCUGGCCGCAGAAACCGACCACCAAGUCUGGCAGAUUCUCGAAAAGGAAAUUCUAGCUCCGAUCCGGGCACUCGACCUGGACGGCCUAAGAGGAAAGUCCGCCUCGGCCUCCUCUGCUACCGACAGCACCAGCAAGAAACCCAAGAGACCCAAGCUCAAGAAUAUAGACGAUGUCUCCUCCCCAAUCCUCUCACCCUCCGACCCGCGCAUCCUCUUCCACAACUUCCCCUUCCACCUCGUCCUCACCACGCGCGUCCUCCGCAAACACUUCCCCCGCUCCGCUCUCCCCCUCUCCCUCCUUCCCACCCUCAAAUCCCUCGGCCGCUCCACCUACGCCCUCGGCGCCUCCACAACCCUCUACAACCUCCUCAUCCGCACCGUCUGGAUCCAGCACGCCUCAUAUUCCCAGAUCGACGACCUUCUCACCGACAUGGAAAACUCAGGCAUCGAGUUCGAUGCCCAUACCCUGGCGCUCCUGGAACAGAUUGUAGGGGAGUAUUGGUUGGCGAGGGAUGGGAAGUGGGGCAAGGGGUUGAGCUUUUUGUAUCGGUUUGAGCUGGUGCGGGACGGGCAGAGGAAGGUGCAGGAGUGGAAGAAGUUGGUAGAAAUGAGGUUGAGGGCGGCUGGCGUGCUGGCGGGGGUGAGAAAAAGAGGUGCUGGGGUAGGAGCGGAUGGUAAGUUUGAGGCGGGCCGAGGUGGGAGGAGAAAGGCGAUGGGGGGAAGGUUGGGCAGGCAUGGACUUGAGUCGCCAAAGAAAGAAGGCUUGGGGGAGUGGAGGAAUGGUGAGAAGGGAGAAGACAAAUCGGAACCUGUGCAAUUGGGUGACAUGGACCUGCUCCUGGCGGAAGAGAAGCGCGACUGAAGAGUCUUGUAAGAUUAUGUACAAUAGCGACGGGAUUGUAUAACAUCAGCAUAUAAGGUUAUGAGGUAAAGGGUGAUUUGGAGUUGAAAAGGGGGUUUAGCAUCAUAGCCGCAUAGAGUAUUUCCCACCUCUCAGGAGAGGUAUCAAACGCGAAAUCAUUUCCCG